AUUGAGUGGUUCACAAAAUCAUAACGAUACUAUAGUUUCUUGCAGCUAACUAAUGGAACUCUUACUUCCACACCCAUCAAACUCAACUCCACUCACCGUCCUCGGCUUCUUAGACCGAGCCGCUUCCGUCUAUGGUGACUGUCCGUCCAUCCUCCACACUGCAAACACCGUUCAUACUUGGUCCGAAACACAUAACCGCUGUCUCCGUAUCGCAUCGGCUCUAACUUCCUCCUCUAUCGGAAUUAAACAAGGCCAAGUCGUCUCUGUCGUGGGUCCCAACGUCCCGUCCGUCUAUGAGCUUCAGUUUGCUGUCCCAAUGUCCGGAGCCAUCUUAAACAACAUCAACCCUCGCUUAGACGCACACGCACUCUCUGUCCUCCUGCGUCACAGCGAAUCCAGACUCGUUUUCGUCGACCACCGUUCUAUAUCCUUAGUCCUUGAAGCAGUUUCAUUAUUCACACAACACGAGAAACCUCACCUCGUCCUCCUGGACGAUGACCAAGAGAACGAUUCUUCAUCCGCAUCAGAUUUUCUUGACACGUACGAAGAAAUUAUGGAGAGAGGAAAUUCAAGAUUCAAGUGGAUCCGUCCUCAAACCGAAUGGCAACCAAUGGUUCUUAACUAUACUUCCGGAACGACGUCGUCUCCCAAGGGAGUGGUACUUAGCCACAGAGCGAUUUUCAUGCUCACUGUUAGCUCCUUGCUUGAUUGGUCAGUACCAAACCGGCCAGUUUACUUGUGGACUCUACCGAUGUUUCACGCCAAUGGUUGGGGUUACACUUGGGGCACCGCAGCGGUUGGAGCCACCAACAUCUGCACGCGUAGAGUCGACGCACCGACUAUUUACAACUUGAUCGAUAAGCACAAUGUGACCCACAUGUGUGCUGCACCUAUGGUUCUCAACAUGCUAAUUAACUAUCCAUUAAGUACGCCGCUCAAGAACCCGGUUCAGGUUAUGACCUCUGGAGCUCCCCCACCAGCAACCAUUAUCUCCCGAGCGGAGUCACUUGGUUUCAACGUCAGCCACUCAUACGGUUUAACAGAGACUAGCGGUCCGGUUGUGUCAUGUGCUUGGAAGCCUAAGUGGGACCAUCUUGAUCCAUUGGAGAGAGCUAGGCUGAAGUCAAGGCAAGGAGUAAGAACACUCGGAUUCACGGAAGUCGAUGUAAGGGAUCGAAAAACAGGAAAGAGUGUGAAACACGACGGAGUUUCGGUUGGAGAGAUUGUUUUCAGAGGCAGCUCAGUCAUGUUGGGAUACUACAAAGACCCUCAAGGAACUGCGGCUUGUAUGAGAGAGGACGGGUGGUUCUACUCUGGAGACAUCGGGGUUAUACACAAAGAUGGUUACUUGGAGAUCAAAGAUCGGUCAAAAGAUGUGAUCAUAUGCGGAGGAGAAAAUAUAAGCAGCGCAGAGAUUGAGACGGUUCUGUAUACAAAUCCGGUGGUGAAGGAAGCUGCGGUGGUGGCUAAACCGGAUAAGAUGUGGGGAGAGACACCAUGUGCUUUUGUGAGCUUGAAGUGUGAUAACAAUGGUGAUGGUUCGGUUCCCGUGACCGAGAGAGAGAUAAGGGAGUUUUGUAAGACGAAGUUACCUAAGUACAUGGUUCCGAGGAAAGUGAUCUUUCAGGAGGAACUUCCCAAGACUUCCACAGGAAAAAUUCAGAAGUUUUUGCUAAGACAAAUGGCUAAGACCCUGUCUUGAAC